AUGGAGACCACUCUGCCACUGAUCAAAGGAAAGAUUACGCUACAGGAGGCCUUGGAAGAAGACAACGAUAUUCUUCAAGAACUGUCCCUCCCGAAGAAGCGCUUCGACUUCUGGCUCUACCUCUUCAAACACCGCUCUGAGAUAACCGAGAUCGUCUCCCGCCAUUUGGGCAUUCCAAAAGCCAGCUUCAGGGUUGGAGAGGUCGAAGAAUGGAUUCAUGGCAGCUUCAAUGCCUGCAUACCCAUCUAUAUCACGGACAGGAGCUGGAAUCUGCCCCAACGAGCCAUCAUUAGAUUCCCCCUCCCAUAUAAGGUCGGGGAGACCUUCCAACCGGGGAAUGUCGAUGAGAAGCUGCGCUGUGAAGCUGCCACCUAUCUAUGGCUACAGAGAAACUGUCCUGCUAUUCCUACGCCUAAGCUUUUAGGCUUUGGCUUUCCAGGAACGCAAUCCUUUACAGCGCUUGAAAACGAACGCUUCUACAACCGAAUACUGUGGUAUUUCCGCCGUGCCACAUUAUGGAUAUCUGGAGACACACUCUCUCCCUACUUUGCUCACCCUCGCCAGCAUCUCCUCGAUGUUGGAUAUCUAGUCAUAGAACAUGUGAGCGAAGGCAAGAUGCUCUCCGAGUCGUGGGACGAACACCGCCAUGACCCAAAUCGAAGAAUGAACCUCUUUCGGGAUCUGUCAAGGAUAAUGCUCUCUCUUGCGAAGCUUCCCCUCCCACGGAUCGGUUCAUGGACGAUAGACAACCGCGGGAUCCUCUCCCUGACCAACCGCCCCCUGACUUUCCUCCUCCACCAACUCGAAAACAAUCAAAUCCCAACCGACAUACCGCGGGAUCUGACCUAUACCUCGGUCGAGCCAUACCUUCUUGACCUUAUUGCAUGCCAAGAUAACCGUCUCCGACACCAACCUAACGCCAUCCACGACAAGGCUGACGGCGAGGACCAGCUCGCAGCUUUGACAGCCAUGCGAGCCCUCCUCCCCAAAUUCACAGACCGAAAUCUUCGUCACGGCCCUUUCAUCACUACCCUGACUGACUUCCACCAGAGUAACAUCUUUGUUGACGAGAAUUGGCACAUCACGUGCCUUAUUGAUCUCGAGUGGUCCUGCAUACGGCCCAUCGAGAUGCUCAGCCCCCCGUCCUGGAUUUCCAACCGACACAUCGACGGAAUAAUCGACACGCACCUGGCAGACUACACAGCGGCGCACCGUGAAUUCAUGAAUGCAUUUGAGCAUGAGGAGCGCGCUCUCCACAGCUCCGACUCCUACACGCGGAUCCUCUGGAAGGGCUGGAAUACGGGCCGGUUUUGGUACGCGCAGGCCCUGGAUUGUCCGAGUGCGUUGUAUGCCCUCUUCCUGUGCCAUAUCCAGCCCAGGUUUGAUGAAGGUGAUACGGAUCAGUUCAGUAGGGUGGUGAUGCCGUACUGGGAUUUGGACGCUGAGGUGUUCAUCGAGCGAAAAGUGGAAGAACAGAGGCUGUAUCAUGAUCGUGUGAGGGAGAUGUUCGGAACUGCUUCUUUGAAAGGGGGAGAUGGCAAGGGAGAGGGUAGAUAG